AUGACGGUGUGCCAAUUUAGUGUGGAAGAUGCAGAUCACAAAACAGCCAUGGGACAGACUGUCACCACCCCCUUGAGCCUCAUGCUUGACCACUGGUCAGACGUGAAGACACGAGCCAACAACGAGGGAGUCGUAGUCAAGAAGAAAAAAUGGAUCACUCUUUGCGAGGCCGAAUGGGUCAGGAUGGAUGUAGGAUGGCCUCCCCCCCGGCAGCAGCAGCGCUCGCUGAAUCCCGGGGCCGAGGAAGCCAGGGCGGGCGACCGGCCACUAUCGGGUGCACUUCCACCAUGGCGGUGCGCCGCGACCGGCUCCGGGACGGCUGGGGAGGCCCGGGUUGGGGAAGGUGUCUGGGGAGGGACAGCGCCACCCGUGGGCACCGAGCCACCCCGCCCCGAGUGUUACAGCCCCCCGACAGCACCACUGCUCCCUCCCGCCCCUCCUACCUCCUCCCUUUACCCUGUUCUCCCACGAAAGGAUCCCCCUAAGGUCCCUGUCCUUCCCCCAGACCCCAAUUCACCUCUUAUUGACCUCCUGACAGAGGAUCCACCGCCAUACCCGGGGAAUCGGGUGCCAGAGGGACUGGCGGCCCCUGCAGCAGCGCCGGAGGGACUGGCGGUCCCCGCAGCGACCCCCGAACAGCCUCUACAGAGAGAGCGGGAGGAUGAGGCUCCAGCUCCCUCCCCAAUUGCCGGUCGCCUACGAGGAAGGCGCAACGAACCAGCCAAAGAAUCCAGGGCCUUCCCCCUUAGGGAGGGCCCUAACCACCAGCUCCAAUACUGGCCGUUUUCGGCAUCUGAUCUUUAUAACUGGAAGCAACAUAAUCCUCCUUUCUCUAAGGACCCUGUUGCCUUGACUAACCUGAUUGAGUCCAUUUUAGUGACCCACAAGCCCACUUGGGAAGAUUGUCAGCAGUUCCUGCAGACCCUCCUGAUGGUGGAGGAGAAGCAGCGAGUCUUCCUGGAGGCUCGGAAACAGGUUCCAGGAGACGAUGGAAGACCCAUCCAAUUGCCUAAUAUCAUUGACGCAGCCUUUCCCCUCACCCGCCCGAACUGGGACUUCGAGACCCCAGAAGGUAGGGAGCACCUACAUCUCUAUCGCCAGUUGCUCUUAGCGGGUCUCCGAGGGGCUGCUAGGUGCCCCACCAAUUUGGCUCAGGUUAGGAAUGUGAUCCAGGGAAAGGAGGAGACGCCGGCAGCGUUCUUGGAAAGACAUAGAGAGGCUUAUAGGAUGUAUACCCCGUACGAUCCGGAAGAUCCAGGACAGGCGCUGGGUGUCAUCUUGUCUUUCAUCUAUCAGUCAAGUCCAGAUAUAAGGGCCAAGUUACAGAGACUAGAAGGAUUGCAUUCAUUCAGUUUGUCAGAUUUAUUGAGAGAGGCAGAGAAAGUGUUUAAUAAGAGAGAAACUCCCAAAGAGCGGGAGGAGAGGAUGUGGCAGAGGCAAGAAGAGAGAGAUAAGAAACGUCAUAGAGAAAUAAGUAAAGUCCUGGCCACUGUAGUGUCUCAGGGACAGGUCAGAGAGGGAGUUAGGACGGGAGAUCAAAGAAAGACACCGCUUGACAAAGACCAGUGUGCUUACUGUAAACAAAGAGGACAUUGGGCUUGUGACUGCCCAAAGAAGCCUCAAGGGUCUCGGAGACCUAAGCCAAGGGCCACGGACCUCUUCAAUCUGGAGGAUUAGGGAGGUCAAGGCCAGGAGC